ACCUGAGUCUCUACCUGAUCUUCUACACGAUCGCAUGAAAAUGGUUGCUUACGCAAAGUGCAGAGACGCACUCGGGCUCCAGUGCUCCGACUUCCGACUGUAGAGUACCUAGGUACUCACUGGGUCGGUAGCCAGGUUGGUAAGCUUCGACACUGAUCCCAACAUCAUCGACACACCUGUGCCACCUCGUCAAUAUAAAUGCAAGGCCCUGGCCUUCAAGGGCCGUCACUACUGCACUACCGCACGCGCAACGAGCAGCGACUUCGAGAUCAACAGUCUCUACCAGGGAAACGAUUCGUAUAUUGAACCUAUCGUCUGGACAGGCGCGCUCAUCCAUCUCACUCCAGUCCUUAACACCCACCCAACACCUGCUGGACGUAUUAGUAACACUCCAGUCCCACUGACAACAGACCAACCCACACUCACAACCAUGGUUUCCCGCUCGGACAUACUCCUCAACAACACCUCCCUCCACACCCCUGGCUCCGGCCCCAUCGUCGCACUGGUCGGCUGCACAUCGGGCAUCGGCCUUUCCACUCUACACGCACUCCUCAAACACACGUCCUCGCCCACCAUCUACCUCGUUGGGCGGGACUCAUCACGUCUGACCUCCCUUAUCACGCAAGUCCAACCUCUCAACCCCUCCGCCACACUGCACCCCAUCGUCGCGGACGACCUCACACUCGUGCGCGACGCCCAACAUGCCGCCGAACGAAUCGCCUCGCAAACUCCACGGCUCGACAUCCUCAUCAUGUCCCAGGGCUUCCUGUCAUUCAAUCCCACGCCAGACUUCUCUCCCGAAGGUCUCGAUCGCAUCACGUCGAUCCGGUACCAUUCUCGCAUGCGCAUUCUCGUCACGCUCCUCCCCUUACUCCGCCGCAGCCCAUCACCGAGAGUCCUCAGCAUCCUAGGCGGCGGCAAGGAAGGCCCGCUCGACCUCUCGGACCUCGGUAUGACAAGGCCGGGUACAUAUGGCCCGCUAUACGCCGCCGGCGCCGCGGGAUCUAUGAACACGUUAUUUCUCGAGGAGUUGUCCAAGCGGCCGGGCAACGAGAAGAUCGUCUUCAUCCACCUGUUUCCCGGACUGGUCGCUGGCACGGGGCUCAAGGUGCAAGGGUCAAGCGUCUGGGUGCGCUUUCUAUGGGAGUAUGUCGCCAAGCCGAUCAUGAGCAUGGUAGCCUACAGCUCCAGUGAGGCCGGUGAGAGGGUCCUGUUCGCUGCGACGAAUGGACGCUUCCGACGACUACCGCCUGGAACGAGCGCGGAGGGAACCCUGAUUCAACAGGGGAGUGAUGGAAUUCAGGGCAGUGGUGUGUACACGGUCAAUGCUGAUUCAAGUGUCAUCGGUGGUGGAGGCAAUGCGGACCUCCCCAAGCUGAGGGGAAUGAAUGCCGGGCACGAGGUGUACGAGUAUACCAUGGCCGAGUUUGGGAGGAUUGAAAAUAUGCAGGGCUGAUGGAUGUACAUGAUGCCUUAAUUAUUCCCGGUCAUCGCAGACUGCGUCCCGACAUGUGAUAAACUGCCGGGCUGGAAUCCGACAUAGAUAGACCAAAGUCCAGACUAUAAUCCAAGUCAGAAGAAGUCAC